ACGUGGCGGGCUGUGGCGCGCGUCGUCCGAGUUCGCGGAGAGAGGCUGGCUGGCUGAAGCGGGGGAACCUGCCUUGAGCCCCGCAGGGUCCACGCCGGACCAGGGCGGGCCUGAGCCUGGGCGCCCCCCGGGACCCCCACCCCCAACGCCGUGCUUGGAGCCUCCGCGGGGCCCUGGGCUUUUCGAUCUUAAGGACCGGGCGGUUCCGAAGUCCCCGGGGGCGAAGGCCCGAGCGCGGCCUGGCGGGCGCGUGGGUUUUGUCCCGCCAAACAUACACGGCAGGUGUUCUGCGCCGCCGCCUCCCUCACCUGCCGCAGGUACGCCCUCACUGGGGCCUCCCAGUUCGCGGGGCGGGGCGGCGCGCCUUCCUCUUCCUGGGACCGGGCGCCACGGCCGGGCGGGCACCAUGAAUAACCCUAUACCUUCCAAUUUGAAAUCAGAAGCAAAAAAGGCUGCCAAAAUAUUAAGAGAAUUCACAGAAAUAACUUCCAGAAAUGGACCUGAUAAGAUCAUUCCUGCUCAUGUAAUUGCGAAGGCUAAAGGCCUUGCAAUUCUGUCUGUGAUCAAAGCUGGGUUCCUGGUGACCGCCAGAGGAGGCAGCGGGAUUGUACUGGCGCGCCUUCCAGAUGGAAAAUGGUCUGCACCCUCAGCCAUUGGGAUAGCUGGCCUUGGUGGGGGAUUUGAAAUAGGAAUUGAGGUAUCAGACUUGGUGAUAAUUCUGAAUUAUGACCGUGCUGUGGAAGCUUUUGCGAAAGGCGGAAAUCUAACCCUUGGAGGGAACUUGACCGUGGCGGUCGGGCCCUUGGGAAGGAACUUGGAAGGCAACGUGGCCCUGAGAAGCUCGGCCGCCGUCUUCACAUACUGCAAGUCGAGAGGACUCUUUGCAGGCGUGUCUUUAGAAGGCAGCUGUUUGAUUGAAAGGAAAGAAACUAAUAGAAAAUUUUAUUGUCAAGAUAUCCGAGCUUAUGACAUUUUAUUUGGAGAUACACCGCGGCCUGCUCAAGCUGAAGAUCUUUAUGAAAUUCUUGAUUCCUUUACUGAAAAGUAUGAAAACGAAGGACAACGAAUCAAUGCAAGAAAAGCAGCAAGGGAGCAGAGGAAGUCUUCUGCUAAAGAAUUACCUCCAAAGCCACUGUCGAGGCCACAGCAGUCGCCUGCACCAGUCCAGCUGAACUCUGGCUCUCAAAGUAACAGAAAUGAAUACAAGCUCUAUCCUGGACUUUCCAGCUAUCACGACAGAGUUGGCAAUUUGAAUCCACCCAUAGAAGUGACAGCGCUGUAUUCAUUUGAAGGACAGCAGCCUGGGGAUUUGAAUUUUCAAGCUGGAGACAGAAUCACAGUUAUAUCAAAAACAGAUUCACAUUUUGAUUGGUGGGAAGGAAAGCUUCGAGGUCAAACUGGCAUUUUUCCAGCCAACUAUGUAACCAUGAAUUAAUUUUGUAAUUCUUUGAGAAUUACAAAAAAAAAUUAUUUCUAUGCUGACAGGAUUUACUAGUUAAGCAAUGUUUAAUAUAAAUUUUAAAGACUUCUGUUCUACACAAUUUCCAUUCAGUAUGUAAAAGAUCUUGUUUUUCUAUAUAAAAAGAGUUGACUGACAUAUCUUUAAAUACUUUGUACUAACUUUAUCACACAUGCUGUGCCAUAGACUAUCCUACAAUUUAUGUGCUCAUAGUUCUUUUAUGAACAGUUUCAAACAUCACUAAGCAUUUGAUCUGGCCAUGUAUAUGGUAGCUGUAUUUUAAUUUGAGAAUCUUGAGGGUAGAGCUAUGAAUUUCAAUUCAUACAUUUCCAUUUGCAAAGUGACUAGAGAAAAAGAAAUCAGCUUAAAUGAGGUAUGAAGUAAUGUUAAGAGUUGUAGCUAUUAACUAGAAUAUGAAUCCUUAGAAAUCAUAUUUAUGCUUUCAAAAAUUGUACUGUGCAUUUAUCAUAGAAAUAUGAUUACAAAAAAGUCUGACUACCAUGUCUUUAGACAUAUGGCAUCUCUCAGCUUUUCUUCCUUAUGGGGCUACAUUUGUUCAUUUCCAGCAGUAGCAUAAACUUACGGUGACAUGGUAGACUUGUCUGUAAAUAAAAUUUUUAAAAGUUUACUAACUUAAUAUUUCAA